CUUGCCGCCGUGGCGUUUUUUGUUGGGCCGCGGCGUAAUGAGCUGAACCAGGGCAAGCGCGCCCCUUUUCUUGCCUACAUUGGGAAUAUGCGCCAGCUGCAGGGGGGGCCUUGCAGCCCGCACCCAAUCGGCUAAGCCCUGGCAUGGAGAUAAAUUUUCCACGUUUCAGAUCUCGACCAGAACGGACAGGCCCCGAUGCCGGAGAGCCAGCUCGGACAGCGCGCCGGCGUCGACCAGGAGCAGCAGUGGGGACAAUACAUCGGCGUCGGGGUUGCGUCAGCGAAAGCCGCCGGACCGCCGCAGUCUGCACCCCUGCAGCCCGCGCCCCCCGGGCUGCCCCCGAAGAUUGCUGCAAAGCAGGCCACUGGGCAACAGUUCAAUACGGCGCCCGUGCGAAACAUGGGCGCGCUCGGUGUGUCUUUUGGGCAGUCGUUCGCCGUGGCAAGUCCGGGCGUCGGACGGCCGGCCGCUUCGCUCAGCGCAACGCUCGGACAACAGGCCGCCGCGCAGGUUCCAAAGC